AUGUCAGGAAAGGGGGAGGGAGGGGAAGGGGUGGUGGCGGAGCAGCUGGAGGAGACGUGCCGCUGCCACGGCGUGUCGGGGUCCUGCGCGGCCAAGACGUGCUGGCGGCGGCUGGCGCCCUUCCCGCGCACCGCGGACGCGCUCCGGCGCCGCUACCUGUCGGCCCGGCUGCUGCUCGUCCCCAACUCGCACCGCGACCUGCGACGCGCCCACAGGACACUCGGCUGGUCUGGCAGGCAGCUGCAGCUGUUGUACCUGGAUGAGACACCGCCAUUGUGCAGCUGGACGCAUGGGCGCCGCUGCUCGGAUGCCGACAACUGUGCCAUGCUGUGCUGUGGCCGUGGCUUCCACACCGUACGCAGGCCCCUAGCACACAAGUGCCGAUGCCAUUGGCUGCACGAGCGGCUGUUGUGUGACUGGUGCCGCCACAGCCGCACCUACUACUUCUGCGAGUAA